GAUUUCGCAUUACAACUUCCGUAAUAUUUUUCAUGGUAGCUAGUCGAGAAUCGCUGUAAUUUGUGAUUUUUACGGGAUUUAGAUGUCAGCCAAACGGAAAUAUACUGUGAGAGUGGAUGGUUAGCCACCCCAUUAGGGGGUUUAUGUGUGGAUAUAGGCAAAAUGGUGUAUUUUAACGGUUCUAUAAAGAUCAGGGUUUGCGAAGCGGUGGAUCUAAAACCCACCGACUUCGCAACCCGCCAUCAAAUGGGUCCGAAUAAGGCGGCCCAGCAAAUAGAUCCGUACGUAUCUAUUGAUAUUGAUGAAGUUUAUGUGGCCAGAACGACUUCUAAACCUCGAACUUUGACGCCGAGGUGGAAGGAGGAUAUAAUCACCGAGAUACAUAAUGGCCAAAAUCUUGGAAUAACUGUCUUUCACGACGCAGCCAUUCCUCCCGACGAGUUCGUGGCCAAUGUAACGAUACCGUUUGACGAAUUAAAACAGUCUUCGGAAAUGUGGGUUGAUCUCGAGCCGAGUGGAAAGGUCCGCAUCAUAGUAGAACUAAAUGGAUCGUUCUCGGACGAGCAACCUAAAGAAAAAGCGUUUAAAGAAAAGGACAUGGUUAUUCGACGGAGAGGGGCUAUGCGAAGGCGUGUACAUCAGGUGCACGGACACAAAUUCAUGGCCACGUUUCUCCGGCAGCCAACAUUUUGCUCAUUAUGUAAAGAUUUUAUUUGGGGGCUGGGUAAGCAAGGCUACCAAUGUCAAGUAUGUACUUGUGUAGUGCAUAAACGAUGUCAUCAACAUGCUGUCACAAAAUGUCCUGGUUCGAAGGACAACCCCACAGAUGAGGUCAGUAAUGCUGUUGCAAUUGGUACAAGAUUUAACAUAAAUAUUCCUCAUCGGUUUAACUGCCACAAUUACAAACGACCCACAUUUUGUGAUCAUUGUGGUUCUUUAUUAUAUGGAAUAAUAAGACAAGGUCUUCAAUGUGAAGUAUGUAAAAUGAAUAUACAUAAGCGAUGUCAAAAAAAUAUACCUAAUAAUUGUGGGAUCAACAUGCGGGAUAUGGCCCAAGCGUUACAAUCUAUGGGAAUCUCGGGAGAUAAGCUCAGUAGGAAGCCGAAAAAGGCAUCAAUUAGUGAAUCACCCAAUAGAAGUGCAAGUAAUUUACAUGAGAGAUCAUUAUCAUCACCUAUACCUAUGAUGCCCUCUAAUGACCAGCACAGUUCACAAACACGGAGUCCCUCAGCAGAACGGGGUCGUAGCAAACCAAGACAUAAGCUAACAGAUUUCCACUUUAUCAAAGUUUUAGGAAAAGGAAGUUUUGGAAAGGUUAUGUUAGCAGAAAGAAAGGGUACAGAUGAAGUAUAUGCUAUAAAGGUAUUAAAAAAAGAUGUGAUAAUACAAGAUGAUGAUGUAGAAUGCACCAUGACAGAGAAGAGAAUAUUAGCUCUGUCAGCCAAACACCCUUUUCUUACAGCUCUUCAUUCCUGCUUCCAAACAGAGGAGCGGUUAUUUUUUGUUAUGGAAUAUGUAAAUGGUGGAGACUUGAUGUUUCAAAUUCAGCGAGCACGCAAGUUUGAUGAACCUCGAGCUCGAUUCUAUGCGGCUGAAGUGACGCUUGCACUUAUGUUUCUUCAUCGACAUGGAAUAAUAUACAGAGAUUUGAAAUUAGAUAAUAUAUUAUUGGAUGCAGAAGGUCAUUGUAAAAUAGCAGAUUUUGGUAUGUGUAAAGAAGGCAUGUUUGAAGGUAAAACAACACAAACAUUUUGUGGAACACCAGAUUACAUAGCACCAGAGAUUCUCCAAGAAUUAGAAUAUGAUGCAUCUGUAGACUGGUGGGCUUUAGGUGUUUUAAUGUAUGAAAUGAUGGCUGGACAACCUCCGUUUGAAGCUGAUAAUGAAGAUGAUUUAUUUGAAUCUAUUCUUCAUGAUGAUGUUCUCUAUCCGGUCUGGCUUAGUAAAGAAGCUGUAUCUAUUCUCAAAGGAUUUAUGACAAAGAAUCCAUCAAAGCGUUUAGGCUGUGUUAAAAUCCAAGGUCAGGAGAAGGCAAUAUGUUUGCAUCCCUUUUUCAAUGAUAAGAUUGAUUGGGAAUUAUUAGAACAGCGCAAAGUAAAACCACCUUUUAAACCAAAAAUAAAAUCAAAGACUGACGCCAAUAACUUUGACAAGGACUUCACUUCUGAGGAACCAGCCCUUACUCCAGUGGAGCCUGAAGAACUACGCGCAAUUAAUCAAGAUGAAUUUAGAGGAUUCUCAUUUAUUAAUGAAGAUUAUGGGAAGUUAGAGCUGGAAUUAGCCACCCCAACACCACCUCCCACCCAUUGAUCAUUCGCUUUUAGGCAAUUUCAUAAUUUAUACUACAUCUAUAUAUACAGUGUAUGUAUAUAUAAGAUAAAGUCAAUAUAUAUAUGUAUGUGUAUGUAUGAGGUCCAGUGAGUGUCGAUACCCUAGCCUUGAUUAUAAGAUUACAACCAGUACCAAAUCAAAAUACUUUACACAAACUGACCUGGUUACAAGUUCUUGUUGAAAACCUCUUGUUUUAAGUUGUUUUAUAAAUAACCAAAACAUUUGGGUUAUUCGCUAAGAAUUCAUACUGGGAAACUUGUCACCGUGUCGACGCCCACCACGGUCAGGUUAUCGCGACGUGUUUUAACACAGUCUAGAAUAUAUAGAUGUAGAUUCUUUAUUAUAUAUUAAUAUAUAUUAUAUAUAUUUACGGUACCGUGACUUUCUCUAGUCUUUUAUUUAUUUACAUGCAAAAAUAAUGUACGUAACUAAUUAUUCCAAAGUUGUAGUUUGUUAUUAGCAAUGACUCUAGUUGAAGCAUAGAUCUAAGUUCUUUAUAAACAUUGUUUUGAUUAUAAUGCUUAUAAUAAGGGAUGACGUAAAGUAACUGGGUUAAAUAAGGAUUCAGACUUUCCAUCAGUGGGUUAGGAGUUUAACUCUCAACCAAUGAAAUGAAUGAAUCCUUAAACUAUUUUUACUCUCAACCAAUGGAAUGACUGAAUCCAUCAACUGUUUUAGAUUAAGUUUUCAUGAAAGAGGCCAUUAGGCUCUUACUUGUCCGGUUUUGCCAGUAUGUAAAUCUACCAUCAGUCCAUUUUAAAAGCUAAAUACAAAUUACAAUAGAAAUAUAGGAAAAGGUAGAUUUUUAGAUUCAAAUUUCUUACAUUCGUAAAAAUGUCCUACUGAGAAAAUGAAAAGGCAGAUUUUUCCAUUUAAAUUUCAUAAUUAUUACAUUCGUAAAAACGUCCUACUGAGAAAAUGAUAAGGCAGAUUUUUACAUUUAAAUUUCAUAAUUGUUACAUUCGUAAAAACGUCAGACUGGCAAAAUGCUUAAGUAAGGACUCGGGUUUGUUGAAUGAUAAAACUUUUUUAAAUACUUGUACUUAAAAACAAAAUUUGAUUUGAUGUGAAGCAAUUGUGGUAAUAAUAAAUAUCUCAAUAAAAAUCAUGCAAUCAAAGCUCAGAAUAGAUUCAUUUCUUAAAUGCCGCUAAGCUAUGCAGAUAAUAAAACAUAAAAUUUUAUUUGAUUAAAAUGACCAUACUAUUAUUUUUUCUCCCAUUUUGUUUGAUGCUCAU